ACUGCAAAAACAACAAUGUGGAUAAUUGUUUAUUUGGUUAUUGCAAUUGCAUCAUUGAUUGCGUAUCUGCUGCAUCGGAAUUUGAACUAUUGGAAAUAUCGAGGAAUCCCACACGAAACUCCACAUCCAUUCUACGGCAAUUUGAUUGGCUUUCGCAAGAAUCGUAUUGUCCAUGAUCUUAUUAUUGACUACUACAAUAAAUUUCGGAAGACUGGAAAUCCAUUUGUGGGAUUUUACUUGCUAAAUAAGCCAACCGCUUUCAUUGUGGACACCAAGUUAGCCAAAAAUAUUUUGAUCAAGGACUUUUCCAAUUUUGCCGACCGCGGUCAGUUCCACAAUGAAAAGGAUGAUCCACUCACACAGCAUCUUUUCAAUCUGGAUGGAAAGCGAUGGAAGGAGUUGCGUCAGAAGUUGUCAGCGACCUUCACAUCUGGCAAAAUGAAGUUCAUGUUUCCCACUGUAAUCAAAGUAUCCGAGGAAUUGGUUAAAGUUCUUAAUGAAAAGGUACCAGCUGGAAACAAAAAUGGAACAGUUUUGGAGAUCAAAGAACUGGUGGCUCGGUUUACCACAGAUGUGAUUGGAACCUGUGCCUUUGGCAUUGAGUGCAAUACUUUAAGGACUCCUGAAACCGAGUUCCGCAAAAUGGGCAUAAAAGCCUUUACCGAAGUAAGACAUGGCCCCUUACUAACAACCUUUAUUGUGAGCUUUCCAAGUUUAGCCAAAAAAUUGCGUAUGCGAAUGGUUCCAGAAGAUGUACACAAGUUCUUUUUACAUUUGGUCAAAGAUACGAUAUCCUACAGGGAAAAGGAGAAUAUCAAAAGAAAUGAUUUCAUGGAAAUGUUGAUUGAACUUAAGAAGAAGGGAAGCAUGACAUUGGAUAAUGGUGAAGUGGUCAAGGGCAUGGACCUUGGAGAACUGACAGCCCAAGUGUUUGUAUUCUACUUGGCUGGCUUCGAGACGUCCUCAUCGACCAUGGGAUAUUGUCUAUUCGAGCUGGCUCAGCACCAAGAUGUCCAAGACAAAUUGCGAGCAGAGGUAACUGAGGUGCUAGACAAACAUGAUGGAAAACUGAGCUACGAAUGCAUUAAAGAUAUGCAUUAUCUUGAUCAGGUUUUGUCGGAAACCUUGCGUCUUUAUACCAUUGUUCCUCACCUUGAGCGGAAAGCUUUAAGUGAUUACAAUGUACCGGGAUCUCCGAACUUGGUUAUUGAAAAGGAUACUCAAAUCGUCAUUCCUGCCUGUGCAUAUCAUCGAGAUGAAGAUCUCUAUCCUAAUCCAGAGAAAUUCGAUCCAGAUCGAUUCUCAGCGGAGGAGGUUGCCUCCCGUGACUCUGUCGAGUGGUUGCCCUUCGGUGAUGGUCCUCGAAACUGCAUUGGGAUGCGAUUUGGUCAAAUGCAAGCCCGCAUCGGCAUGGCUCAAAUCAUAAAGAACUUUAAAUUCUCCAUAUGUGAUCAAACCGAAAUGCCCCUAAAAUAUGAUCCAAAGUCGUUCGUUUUAGGUACGAGUCAUGGCAUUAAUUUACGAGUGGAUAGAGUCUAAAUCAAAAUAUAAAAAUCUGUUGGUGUUUGCAUACGUAAA